AUGACGAGUACUUGCUGCUCUGGCUCGAGCAACCCUACGGCGAAGCGGAAGCGCGGCCGCCAGCCAGGUUCGAAGAAUAAGCCUAAGAAUAUUCCGGUGGCCAACUGCAUGCCGCAGGUCGCCACCCUCCAUCAACACGUACUCCAAAUCCACGCUGGCGGCGACGUCGCAGAAACCAUCGCCGCCUUUGCUCGUGGCUGUCGCAAUUUCGGAGUCUGCGUCCUCUCAGCCUCCGGCCCUAUCUCAGCCGCCGUCUUGUGGGAGGCAUCUCCGUACCCCUCAACACUCACAUUCCAAGGUAGCUUUUUUCUUAUUUCUUUCAUGGCCACAUUUCUUCCUGGAGGUAGCGAAGGAAGUAUGGCGGUGACUUUAGCCGGGCCACACGGUCAGGUGUUGGGUGGGGUGGUGGCAGGGCCGGUGGUGGCUGCUGGAAAGGUGAUUGUGGUGGCGGCAACCUUCGCCUCCUCGGCAUUGCACCGCUUUGGUGCUGUGAAUAAUACAUCGGAGAUAAAAUUGAGGCAUUUUUGA